AUGCAGCAGCCGGUGCUCCUUGCCCCCGGGGUGAAGGGCAGGAAGGUGGCCGCGUUCAAGCGCGACGGCGAGCUCAAGCGAAAGGACGCCGUCUCCGGCCUCAUGCGCUCCAUCAUCGCUCCCGGUGGCGAUGCGCGGAGCGCCUUCUUCGUCCUCGAUCUCGGCGAGGUCGUCCACCUGUACAAUGCCUGGCGCCGCGCGCUCGCCGACGUGCGUCCGUACUACGCCGUCAAGUGCAACCCGGAGCCGGCGCUGCUUGGCGCCCUCGCCACCCUCGGCGCGGGGUUCGACUGCGCCAGCCGCAGGGAGAUCGAGGCCGUGCUCGCUCUCGGGGUCAAGCCCGGGCUCAUCGUGUACGCCAACCCGUCCAAGCCCGAGGCCGACAUCAAGUACGCGGCGGAGGUCGGCGUCAACCUCACCACGUACGACUCCGAGGAGGAGGUUGCCAAGGUCCAGCGCUGGCACCCCGGAUGCGAGCUCAUCCUCCGCAUCAAGGGUCCCGACAAUGCCGAGGCCAAGAUCGACCUGGGCACCAAGUACGGCGCGCAUGCCGACGAGGUGGUUCCGCUCCUCCGCGCCGCCCAGCGCGCAGGGCUGAACGUGGCCGGCGUGUCGUUCCACGUCGGGGACAGCGCGUACCGCACCGGCGCGUAUCGCGAGGCCAUGGAGGCCGCCCGGGGCGUCUUCGAUGCGGCGGCGGCCCUCGGCAUGCCGCCCAUGCGCGUGCUCGACAUCGGCGGCGGGUUCAAGGCUGGCCCCAAAUUCGACGAGGCGGCGGGAGUCAUCAGAAACGCGGUGGCGCGAUACUUCGGCGAGCUCCCAUCGGUGGAGGUUAUCGGCGAGCCCGGGAGGUGCUUGGCCGAGACGGCAUUCACGAUGGCGGCGCGCGUCAUCGGGAAGCGCACGCGCGGCGAGGUGCGCGAGUACUGGAUCGACGACGGCGUGUACGGCGCCCUGAGCUGCAUACUCAUGGACCACUAUGUGCCGCGCCCGAGGCCACUCGCUUCCAGUUGCCCCGGUGAGCAGACAUACACGUCGACGGUGUUCGGGCCGACCUGCGACUCCCGUGACGAGGUGGUGGUCGGCUACCAGCUGCCGGAGGUGAUAGUGGGGGACUGGCUCGUGUUCGACGACAUUGGCGCCUAUGCCGCCUCUACCGGCGCAAACUUCAACGGCUUCUUCACGUCCGACAUAAACACGUACUUGGCGUACUCCAGCUAA